CUCCGUUUGAUUGGCGCAUCUGCAAUCCAUGAAGUAAGGAAUUGUACCAGCCUUGCAGCAAUUGCGUGGCAGGCCUCAAACUGUGUUUAUGUGAGGGGGUGUUGUUGCAGUUCCGUUUCGAUAUUUACUCGUGGUAUAUAAGGUGCUGGGAAGGACGUCCUCCUCAUCCUGGUUUCCCCGCCUAUUUGCCUUCGAAUCCAAGAGGGAAAUUAUCGGGUUUUAUGUACACACUCCAUAUACAUGCAUAUAUUGUUUAAGCCUGUUUACCCCGCUGAUUCGGAGUGGGUUUCCCUGCUGCCUUGCUGGAGAGCACUGGGGUGUUUGUCAAUGAAAAUAAUUACUAAAGCGUGAUUUUUCACAAUGAAUCCGCCGGAUCCCAAAGCAAGAACGGGACCGGGACGCCAUGAAGGGCAGGAAAGGACAAUGCAGUCCUCAUCCCCAUCAUCGCUUCCACCAUCGAUCUCCACUCAAACAAAACCCCACGCUCACUCCCGGAGAUCCUUCAGGAAGGGCAAAAAUAUACCAAAUCGUGAAAAUAUAAACUUACUAGCAUCAAAUAAUAGCCCUGGAGCGGCUCAGCACCCUCCUAACCUUCUCUCCCCAACAGAAAGAACCAAUGACCGAAAUUGGAACAAACCCAGCAACGAAUCAAACCUCAUGGAUCAAGAGCUAGAGCAACCCAAAGGAGAACAACUGAAUACACAUUUCCCGCCAUCGAUACCCAUUUCAGCACAGACACAUCCUGCGUCGGUUCGUCUAGCGAUACGGCUAAAUCAAGAGCAGCACAAUCGAAGUGAGCAGCCACCUCAUCAACCAUUAUCAACCUCUGGAAGGUUGCGCCACACGACACCCACGCGUGGCGGUUCAUCCCUGAUCAUGAGGCAGAUCGUUGCCGUGGAACAAAUGCAAGAGGGGGCUCGUAGUAUCCUCGAAGCAACUCCUGAAUAUAUGUUCCAACUGAAUUCGCUCGUUGCCAAUCUAGAUAGCCUUCGGCAGGCUGGGAGGCAGCGGAAGGAGAAGCGCAAGAAUUCCAUGGAUCGCCCAAGUAAAUCAGACCUUGAUGCAAACAAAGAAAAGACCUUAUCACAGAAGGAGAAAGUUGACGGCAAAUGCAAGAAUGAUGAUGAUACUAAGCAAACACCGAAAACGAAAGUGUUUCGCUGCAAGUUCCAUCCAGGUACACCGACGUGGAAUAGGAAUAAAAAGAUAUGGUCAUGCUGUGGUCAGCCAAUCGCUUCAGAUCCUUGCGGCGGUGCUGAGCAGCAUCACGUUCGCUUCUAUCGCGCAGGAGAUAUGACGAGACUCUGGCAGUUUCACCCGACUCCACGGCAACCAAUUAUGCACACUCCUGAUAUCCGUGCGGCGGUUGCCAUUGACUGUGAAAUGGGCCAGGCAGCGUCUGGAGAUUCCGAGCUCAUCCGGAUUACGCUAAUAGAUUACUUCUCGUCGGCCGUGCUCAUUGAUAGCCUCGUGUAUCCGAGCGUGAAAAUGGAGCACUACAGGACGCGAUUCUCUGGUGUCAGUAGGCGAGACAUGGAAGCUGCAAAAAGGGCUGGGAGUUGUAUUAUGGGAAGAGACAAUGCUCGAUUCGCCGUGUGGAGAUACGUUGGACCUGAGACUGUUGUUGUUGGGCAUUCGGCCCAUAAUGACUUAGAGUCGUUGAGGUGGAUCCAUACUGCUGUCGUGGACACGUAUAUUAUCGAAGACCUACUGGAAAAGAAAAAGAAUUGCGAAUCUAAGAAAGAUGCUGAUAAGACUAAAGACGGGAAAGUACCUGUUGAGGCAGAUGAGCUGUUACUCCUGGCUGGAGAAUCUGCGGGAAAUGAACAUGAACAUGAACAUGAACACGAAUUACAUGAGGGCGAAGAGUCGGAAGAGGUGAAAGGUAGUACAGUACAAAAGGAGUCAUCGAAUCCCAAGGCGAAACCCGACGACGCCCCUGGAAAGGCUGAACAGGAACCGCGGAAGAAGAGAAAUAAAGGGAGUGGCAGCUUGUCGCUCAAGACACUAGCUAGAGUGAGACUGGGGCGGGAUAUCCAAAAUGCAGACAAGAAAGGCCACGAUAGCCUAGAGGAUGCGCUUGCGGCGAGAGACCUGGCUCAUUGGCAUAUUGCUAAUGGAGAGAGGGCUGAACUGGAUAAAGGGAAGGAAGGUCAGCUUAGUUUUCGUAAGUAGGUUAAGUGUAACUUAGUUAUGAAUGGUAUGGCGUUGGCAAUCUUUC